UUUUGAUACAUGUAGAUGACCAUAGGUCCAUGGUCCUUUUGUUUUAUUUCAAGAUUGCCAUAGGAAAUAUCUGCUUGACUUUGUAUAUCUUUGGAGAGGAAAGGAUUUAUGUAGGUCUUUUAUAUAAGAAGAGAGAUGCUUUCUACCCUGUUUUAAGAGGUUAACACUUAUACUCAGUGUGUGGACCUAACAGGAAAUUACAAUAUGAAGUGUUACAUUCCAAUCUAAUGAUAUUACGCUACAAUAACACUAGAACGUUUUUACACUGAAGACGACAGAUCUGUGUUGUUCCUGUGGAAUCUGGAUCACAGAGUGAUGAAUAUAUUUCUAAAAUACUCGUUUUGGAUUAUUCUCAAUUGUCACAUUUAUCAUUCCCAGUUAUCCAGAGAGUAUGAACUGAGAAUAAAGGAAGCUGGGUCGGAUUUAGUGAAUCCAUUUCGAUGUGAAAUAAAUAAAGGAGAAGAGAUUCUGUGGAGGAAAGAUGAUAAUGAAGUGAUUUUCAUUGGUAAUACCAUGAUUUCACAAGAUACACGGAUUAGAGUUAAAAACGACACUUCAACAGAUCGAAGUUUAUCAAUUAGAUAUCUGAAAUCUUCCGACGAGGGUCGAUAUCGGUGUAUAAAUAGAAAAACUCAAGCCAUCAUUAGUGACUAUCGCCUAAAAUUAAAAGCAAAACCUGAGAUAUCAAUUCAUAGUGGGGACAAAGUGAACGUUUUAGAAUAUGGCACAACUCGUUUAUGGUGUAAUGCAACCGGAAUUCCACAACCUACAGUCACGUGGUAUGCUAUGGAAGUAACAAAUCAACAGGAGGAAGUAUUAAGAGAUAUUGGAAUACGGGGUAACAUGCUUGGAAUUCAGAAUGUGUCAAGGUUCUGCGCGACAAAGUUUCAAUGUCGAGCAACCAAUAAUUACAAGGAAAAUAAGGCUGCUGUACACAACAUAACUCUCAAUGUAAAAUUUUUGCCUGAUGUUAAAAUAAAAAUAAGGCUCAAUGAAGGAAAUUUUAAGAUUAUGUCUUCUUUUACUGGUGACAGAGCAGACAAAGUAGAAUUGGUGUGUGACGUUUUAGCCAAUCCUUUAACAACUGUCACGUGGUACAGAAACGAAGUAAAAAUAGGGAGAUACUCACCAGGAGAGACUAAACCAAAACGAAACGACAAGGAAUCGAACAACUAUGUGUACGAAUUGUCCAAUAUCCAGAUAAAUCGAAGGGAGCCUAGAUUUUUGUCUUUUCCUUUAAAAUUCACUCUAGAUGCCAAAUAUACAUUUUCUAGGUACAGAUGUAUUGUAAUGAAUGAACUAGGUUCUGUAGAAGAUUCUGUAAACGCUGUGCCUAAGCAAAAUUAAAUCAUUCGAAGUAAGAUGGUUUUAGAUGAUUUCCCAAAUCUGCUUUGUUGAAAUCUACAUUGUUUGCUUCGAGAGUACUGAUAGGUAUUUAAUGAAAGAAAAAAAAAACCCAGUUGUUUGACCUUAGCCAGAACACUGUUUUGCUUUGUGUUUUAGAAAUAAACUGAAUAUAUCACAUAA